UAACCCGGACCGGGUGGGGAAGAAGAGGAAGAAGGAGGUGAUGGUGGCGUUUUCGGACGCGGUCACGGAGGAAGUCUUGAAGAAGCAGGUGGCUGAGGCCUGGAGCGGCAGGGCGCCGUUCAGUCACGUGCUUUGAAUCGGUGAGCCCCGGGGGCUCUGAAUGCACCGGGAAAGGGAUAGCCCCAGCCCCAGCCGUAGGCAGCUGCCUAGGUGGCCUCGUACCUAGAAGCCAUUAUCAUGGACAUGGACCCCUUUCUUCAUUGCGUGAUCCCAAACUUCAUCCCAAGUCAAAACUUCUUGGAAGGGCUUCAGAAGGAGCUUUUGAGCUUGGACUUCCAUGAAAAGUAUAAUGAUUUAUAUAAGUUCCAGCAGUCUGACGAUUUGAAGAAGAGAAAAGAGCCUCACAUCCGUGCUUUAAGGAAAAUUCUGUUUGAAGAUUUCCGGGCGUGGCUUUCUGACAUUUCCAAGAUUGACCUGGAAUCAACCAUUGACAUGUCCUGUGCUAAAUAUGAAUUCUCAGAUGCCCUGCUCUGCCACGAUGAUGAGCUGGAGGGGCGCCGGAUCGCCUUCAUCCUUUACCUGGUUCCUCCCUGGGACAGGAGCUUGGGGGGCACCCUGGAUCUGUACAGCGUUGAUGAACACUUCCAGCCAAAGCAGAUUGUCAAGUCCCUUAUCCCUUCGUGGAACACACUGGUUUUCUUCGAAGUGUCUCCAGUGUCCUUUCACCAGGUGUCUGAAGUCCUGUCUGAAGAAAAGUCACGUCUGUCUAUAAGCGGCUGGUUUCAUGGUCCUUCUCUGACCAGGCCUCCCACCUACUUUGAACCUCCCAUACCUCGGAGCCCUCAUAUCCCGCGAGAUCAUGAAAUUUUGUAUGAGUGGAUCAACCCUACUUAUCUGGACAUGGAUUACCAAAUUCAAAUUCAAGAAGAGUUUGAACAACAGUCUGAAAUUCUCCUAAAGGAGUUCCUUAAGCCCGAGAAAUUUGCAGCGGUCUGUGAGGCUUUGGAGAAAGGAGGUGUGAAAUGGAACAGCCGAGGGCCCCCUAACAAAAGGUUUUAUGAGAAAGCCGAGGAGAGCACGCUUCCCGACAGUCUCCAGGACUGCAUGACGUUAUUUCGCUCCGAGGCAUUGUUCUUGCUGCUGUCCAACUUCACAGGCCUGAAACUUCAUUUCUUGGCCCCUUCCGAAGAAGAGGAGACAGAGGGCACACAAGAGGGAGAAGCAGCCAUUGGUUCUGAGAGCACUGAAGAAGGGACGAGCUAUAGCUCCUCGGAGCCAGAGAAUAAUCUGGCAGCUGCCAGCAACAACAGCCAGCAGAGCAAUGAACAGGCAGACCCAGAGCCAGAGGAAAACAAAGCCAAGGAAGAAUCAAGUGUUCCCACGUGCCAGGGGGAACUGAGGCGUUGGCAGACUGGUCACUACACUUUAAUCCAUGACAACAGCAAGACUGAAUUUGCUCUGGACUUACUUCUUUACUGUGGCUGUGAAGGCUGGGAGCCUGAAUAUGGUGGCUUUACUUCCUACAUUGCCAAAGGGGAAGAUGAAGAGCUGCUAACAGUGAAUCCAGAAAACAAUUCUUUGGCAUUGGUCUACAGAGAUAGAGAGACGCUUAAAUUUGUCAAGCAUGUUAACCACCGAAGCCUAGAACGAAAGAAAACCUUCCCAAACAGAACAGGUUUCUGGGACUUCUCAUUCGUCUACUAUGAAUGACGGGGCUGGGCGAAGCUGAGAAGAGACCCUUCAUCGGCACUGGAAAGGCUGGAAGAGCUGGCAUCCAGCACAGGAGAGCGACAAGGUAACCUGUCUUGACACUUCUUAAAACCACGUGGUCGGCCUUCAAUAGGACUCACAGUGAUUGUCCUCAGUCUAGACCUUGAGCUUGGGGAGUUUUUAAAUGUGGGUUUUUUGUGUGGUAAAAUAUGUGACAUAAAAUUUACCAUUUUAACCAAUUU